AUGAAACGGUUAUUUUCAGGAGCCAAGUCUCCAACACUGGAAUUUUUGGCACCGCCAAAGACGUUCCAGAAUUCUGACGACAAGCCGAGAUCAAGAUCAUCUUCGUUUUCCAAAAUUUUCAGCUCCAAUGAGAGUUCGCCGCACAGGCAGUCGUCGCUGCCUCCGAUAGAUGUGCAAUCUUCCAAGGUUCCACCUGAACUGGUGCCGAUUGUGACACUUCUGUCGGCGCAGGCGCACAGACGUUACUGCGAGGGCGUGUUUUUGAUCCUCAAAGAUUUGAACAGUGACGGAACACCUGCCAACAGGGCAUGGAAGGAGGUUUACGGUGUACUGAUUGGAACACAGUUAGCAAUUUGGGACGCGCGUUUGCUUGCUGAGAACGGCAACAACGCCGAAGAGUUGAUGAGAGCAACUGCUAAACCCACCUACGUGAAUUUCACAGACUCAAACUUUAGGCCACUGGAGUCCAAGGACGCCGUUCUGGCAGAGGGCAAAAAGAAAUUCGAGAACACAUUGGUUGUGUCGACCACGCUCAAGAACAGAUAUUUUUUACAAUUUAGCGAUAAGGAAGCCUUCAGCGAAUGGUAUGCUGCCUUCAUGCUGAGUGCGUUCGAGUUUACCGCCUUACAAGAGGCCUACACAGGUGCAUUUCUGUCUACGAAGGGAGCUAAACUGGGUGACAUAAAGGUAAUCCUAGCAGACACAAAAUUUGACUACGAAGAUUGGGUCAGUGUCAGAUUUGGAGCUGGUAUGCCUUGGAAGCGGUGCUAUGCAGUUGUUUCUCAACCAACAAAGAAGAGCUCAAAGAAAAGGAUUUGCGGCGAAGUCAACUUCUAUGAAAAUGAAAAGAAAACGAAAAAAUCACAGGCGAUGACCACGGUCACAGAUGCAUCUGCAGUGUACGCUAUCUAUCCUUCAUCUCCAGUUCUUAUUGAUACUUCCACGAUGAUCAAACUUGAAGGGACUGUUUCCUUUGGUAAAAAAGAUACGCCAAAACCGACUGACAUUUUUAUCAUGCCCGAAAAGCACUAUGCUGUGCCGGGUUACGAUACCAUCAUCCGGUUUUUAAUCCCCGCUAUGAACGCAUUUCAACUUUAUGGGAGACCUAAACGUCUGAUCGCCGAUAAGACAGAUUUUGGAUCCCUGCUUUUUGGCCUGCCUACUCUACCCCAUGUUCAUUAUCUACAAGUCCAAGAUUUGUUACCUUUAAGCAACUCAAUAUCUAGUAAGGACUGGUCUGCUUUGGAAUGGAGGGAACAAGUGAAGAGAAUUCUUCAAAAAAAGUUGAGUCAAGGAUACACCGGUUGUGGCUCCAUGGAAGGUCUAACGGGUGCAUUAGCUUCACCCGCCAUAGGAUCUAACGAAUUGUUUGAUAGCACUCCCUUACAGACGUCGCCCCUCUUGGCUUCGAUAUCCAAGUUUCCUGAUGAAUCCAAUUCGGAUACAAACUCGUUAUCCAAUGCGUCAAGGUCAGGAACCACGUUGCGCAAUGUAGUAAUGAAGCAAUCAAACAGUGAGUUUAAAGACAGCAGAUCAAGUUACGGUAAUGAUAAGGAGACUCCUACUACUGAGUAUCCUCCAGAACCUUUUAAAAAUAUUGCAAACGCAAGGAGUUUUACUUCACCCUCUCAAAACAGCUUUUCAACGCCUCGCAAUUCACCAAGAAAAGCUAUUCCCACUAUUGACAUUCAGGACUCCAAUUUCAAAUCUUUCGGUAAUCGACCAGCUUCUCCUGCACCAAAUGAAAAGUCUAAUCUCUAUGUUCCAAACGAUAAGCUGCAAACUAGGAAGUCUGAACUCUCGACAAUAUAUGAUAAGUACUCUCAGAUGCCAUCCGGAUUCAACGAACCGCCAUCUAGCUCGGUUGGAAACCAUGACCGUCAAAGAGAUUCCGCUGGUGCUUACAAUGAAUAUAUGGGUUCCCCCAAGGUUAAAAAAUUCGACAUCUCUAAUCUAAGAGACUCCAAUAGCACUGACAGAACUGAAAUGUCCCGCACUUUACAUGUACGUGAUGAGGCAAAAGUGAGAAGUAAUAUCAGUAGUGAGCAUACCUCUCCUUCCAAUAUAGAUGAGCAAUCUAUAAGGGAUGAUGUGCUGGAGGACUUUUACAGCUUGUCCCAACAAAUUUCGAAGAUGGGACUUGAAAAUAAAACCGAAGCCAAAGAUUACUCUGUUAAAGAUGACAUCGAUGAUUUCAAUUUUGAGGCAAUUAGUAGAAAUACUAUCGAGGAUAAUGUCUUUGAUCCUGAUUACAUGGAACAAAACCAAAUGUUAGAGACUGAGAGUAAUUUUACAACUGGUGAACAGAAAUUCCAAUAUGGCAACGAAAGUGUAAAAGGAAGCCAGCAAUCAAUUGACGAUAUUAGAAAUAGAAACCCUUACCUCAAGUCGGAGGAUAGUUUACCUGUCAAUAACGGUUACGGUCGUAACGUUAAUGGAAUUUCUAGUAAUUAUACUCCAGAAGCUUUGCCUAAGCAGCGCAUAGUCAAUCCAUCAGGCUCUCCAGGCUACAAGCAAUUCCCACCUGCUACCCAGAACCCAGCAGGUAUGAAACAUUCUCCCGCUUAUGCCAAUCUACAUGUUUCAUCAACUUCUACGGUUAGUAAACAACAGGGAAACUAUGCCAUGCCUCCAAGACCACCCCCACAAAAUGCUCCUCACCAAAACGGUGGACCCUAUCGUCGUCCAGCGCCUUAUCAAGGCCAACAGCAGAUGGCUUAUCCUCCUAAUUAUCCUCACCCAAAGAGCCCGGCAGGUCAACAAUUUGCUGUUCAAAAUGCACCAGCAAGGAAUCCUCAAUAUUCACCCUACCAUAGUGCACCUUAUAAUGGCGCACCUCCUCCUGGGGGCCAAAUGUAUGGCGCUGCACCUCCGCAACAAUAUGUUCGUCAAGCGGUUCCGCCCCAUCAAAAGCCUAAACACAUACAACCAAUAACGGGCCAGAAGAUUAACUCCCAAAAACCUCGCUCUCCCAUGACAGGUGGUUUUUCUCAAUUCAUGCCAUCGACUGCAAAUAAUCAAAAUCCUUACAGUGCAAAUCCAUAUUCCAAAUGA